GGCAACGAAUCGUGCGUGUGAGGUGUGAGUUGCUAGCAAGAGUGGUAGAGCAAAAGUGCAAAUGUAUCGUCGUGACUCGAAGAACUGGGACGCGGGUCGGGGACAGUGACGGUUGCAUUCUGAGGAUUUAAGCCGCGGACAUUACGUAACCAUGAUCGAUCAACAGCAGCAGCUUAGUUACUUUCCCAUGGAAAUGAAAUGUUCGAUGCCAAACGGUCCUGUUGGAGAUGGUCUCACUGUGUUACCGCCAGCAAACGAAAAUAACAACAAUUUAAACAACGUCAUCAAUAACAACACCGGAAACACCGGAGCCAAUAGUGGUGCCAACAACAAUAGUUGUAGUGCUGGUAAAACAUCCUCACUACAAGCAACCUGUUCACCGGUGCAAUCAACCGCAGCUGUGACCACACCGCCAACCUCCGGACCGGUGCCUGCAAUGGGCGCAUCACUGGCCGAACGCUUGGUGGCAGCCGUUGGGGUGGGAGCGGCCACUGUUGAAACCUUGUCGACAGCCCAAUCGAGUGCGACAACAGGCUCGGGAAAUGCAACCGCCACCCUGUGUGGUCAAUGCUGUAGCCCCAUAUGCGAUCGAUACAUAAUGAAAGUGGUGGACACAUCGUACCAUGAACGCUGUUUACAAUGCACUUCCUGUGCCAUCCGGUUGAUGCAUUCCUGUUUUAUGCGGGACGGAAAGCUGUACUGUCGGUUUGACUACGAGAGACUUUACGGGCGGAACAGAUGUCUAGGAUGUGGUGAGAAAAUUAGCGCGGAUGAGUUGGUAAUGAGAGCGCUGGAUAAUGUGUUCCAUCUCAAGUGCUUUAUCUGCGUGGUGUGCGGGGUUCGGCUGCAAAAAGGCGAUCAGUACGUCAUCAAACAGAGCCAGCUGUUCUGCCGGCCGGACUAUGAGAAGGAGGUGGAAAUGUUCCAAGGAUACAAUUACGAUGAGUAUUGCUGUGAUGAUAUUUUUCAAACGAGAAUCGACGGCCGGCGUGGACCGAAACGACCUCGAACUAUUCUAACCACUCAGCAACGGAGGGCCUUCAAAGCGUCGUUUGAAAUAUCACCCAAACCAUGUCGGAAGAUACGGGAAGGGCUAGCGAAAGACACGGGUCUAAGCAUACGGAUAGUGCAAGUAUGGUUUCAAAAUCAACGGGCCAAGAUGAAAAAGAUACAAAAGAAGCAACUAAAAGACGGUAACAAGGGAAACCACAAUAGUAGCAGCAAGGGAAAUGAAUCCCAAGAUGAACUGUCCGAAAGCGAAUCGAAACUAUCUCUCAAAAUCAAGGAUGAAAAUUCAAGAUCGAACAAUUAUCUUCACGACAGCUGCAGUGACACCGAAGGGGGUGUCAACGAUGGUGAUUCCUUUGGAUCCCGGAUAAGUUCAGGUGCAGAGGCAUUCAAACCGGUCAAGGAAGAGCUCGACAUGGAUGAGGAGUAUUUCCGGAUGAUGACAGCAGCAACACGUUUUGGAGGGAAAAGUUUUGAAGACCCAUCGAACAUUGUGAAAAGCGAAAAUAUUCCACUCAACGCAAUGAUAGGCAUCGAGUACCCUUCGCUGCAACAACUGACAACAUCGAUGACCCCUGCCCAUGCUCAGCUUUUGAAUCCGAUCGAUCGGCUUUACUCGAUGCAAAAUUCAUACUUCUGUGGUCCGGAUAACGGAAGCACUCCGGGUAGCAACGGUCCCAUAGGGAACAACGGUACCGACCAACCACCCAACCAUAUGCAUCAUUCUCAUCAUCCAGGUUCGAGUGUACUCCAUCACCAUCAGGGGCCUCCGCCGAACACCGGGACGCUGAAUGGAGGGCCAGGGUUACAUCCACACCCACCGUCAGCGCUGCUACAUCCCGGUCAUCCGCUACAUCCACUUCAACAGCACCAUCAGCAGCAGCAACCGUAAAUCAAUCAAGUUGCUUUGAACACGUGAUUUCAGAAUAAAACACGACCCCAUCCCCCUGAAAGUGAACAAUUGCUGCGGUCGGGGUUGUAAAAAAGAGCAACAAAAUGUUAAUCGAUUUAUUGUUACAUAUUAUGAACAGGGGCAAUUAUGCUAAUCAAUAUACUAGCGGAUACAAUUGAAAGCGAGAGCGGAAACGGACACUGUUCAAAUUUCCCGAUCGUCUACCGUAGCUUUUUGCCGACGGGGCAGGGGAAAGUUUAUAUCCCAAAUGAUUUGAGUCGAACGACAAGUCAUGCCACCGAGAUUGAUUGGCGAUUGAGAUUGAUGAGCGGUUGAUUAGCUUUGGGUGAAUAAUCCCGUGCAGUUGUCUAAUUGAUUCCGGCUAUUAUUGGACAGGUGAUAUGAUGUGCGGCGAAUCGAUAGUUGCAUGUAGGAAUUAUGAUAAUGACGUUUAUGGUUGUGCCAUUGCUAGUGCUAAGAGUGUUUGCCGAAUGUA